AUGCCCUCACAAAGAAAAACAACAGCCCAUUGUCCCCAGCAGGGCUUAAGUGGUCAAGGGGUGCCAAGAAUCCCUGAGAAGUAUGCAAUAGUGGAGGGAUGUUGCAGAAAAAUUCAGAAUGGCCCCUCUAUGGUACUUAGACUUGGAACGCUCAAUGUUGGAUUACUGACUAGCCGCAGCAUGGAAAUCGCAAAAAUGCUCGAGCGUAGAAGGAUUGACAUCUGCUGCCUUCAGGAGACCCGAUGGAAAUCGAAUGGCGAUCUCAAUGGCCACGUUGGAAAAAAAACAGAUGGUUUUGACAACGUACAUGGCGGUUUUAGCUAUGGAGAACGGAAAGAAGAUGGCAACCGCAUCCUUGAGUUUGCUGAAAGUCACGGGUUUUGUUUACUGAACACAAAUUUUAGAAAGAGCUUCGCUAUUAACCUUGCUUAUAAACAAGAUUUUUACAAUCCAAAGACUUCGGGUAAGAAUUUCCGAUUCCAACUUCCGACUUCGACUCACAGAAACUUGUUGCUCUACAACUUUACAUAA